AUGGAGUUGAGAAGAUCGUCAUCGACGUCUUCAGAUUUGGAAGCAUAUGUGUAUUUUGACCAAUUUAGGGCGUUUCAAGUAUUGACGAGGCCCACAUUGUUCUCAAUAUAUGACGAUGACAUUAUUCGGAGUUCUGGAGAUGUGGAUUCAAGGAUUGGAGGAAUCAGGAAACGAGUUUUGAGGGGGAAGAGAAGAUGGAAGUAUAGAAGGAGGCAAGGAACUGCGAGGAAAUUGUUUAAUUUGAUUGUGUUGUCGCUGUUCGGAAUUGCGUACAACGAACUUGCCUUUUACUUGUAUCAAUCCACCAUUAUAAAUAAAAUGUCUCCUCUCAGGUUUAUGAUGUUUUAUGGAUUACCAAGAUGGAUGAACUAUUCGUUGGAGGGUGUGUCAUUGGGGUUUUUGGUGCCAUUAUUAGACGUAUUAUUGUUUAAGAAAACUGUUACGGUGGAGUAUCCUGAGACUGAGACAGAGAUUGGGAUUGGGACAGAAUUUGACUAUGGUUGGGGCUUUAUGUUGGCCAUAAUAAACAUUAUUAUGGGGAUUAUCUACGGUAUACGAAAGCUAGAAUGGGAUUCAGCGAUGCAAAGUGCUGAAGCGUGGUAUUUACUGAACAUCAUACUAUGGCUAUUGUUGGACAACGGAUCUUUGUCCAUCCUUUCCAGUUGGAUUGUGUUAAGUCUCAUGGGGAUUGUAAGUAAUUGUUAUGGGGGAGGAUCACCAUGUCAAUGGGAGCAAUUACUUUAUUUCUGUAAUUUUCUGUUUGUGGGGCUACUAUUCUUUGGCAACUUGGGAAGAUACUUAUUCUUAACAUGUAAAUAG